CCCGCUCUUCCGGGCCGCACCGGAAACGCCCUUUGACCCCGGAAGCGGCGGUCGGGAGAAAGGAGCGUUGCGCUGUCAGCGCUGGGGCUGAGGGGGGUUAACUCAUCACAAUGCCAGCAUUACCAUUGGAUGAACUCCAGCUUACUGAAAAGGAUCCGAAGACAGGGAAACUCAGGACUUUUCCAGCACUGCAUCCCGAAAUCAAAGCAGACCGUUUUUUUGUGUUAUACAAACCACCACCUAAUAUCAGAAACCAUGCCCUUGUGGAGGAAUUCUUAGAAAGAGCAAAAUUCAUUGCUGAUGAUCUGGACUGGCUUCUGGCUUUGCCUCACAAUAAAUUUUGGUGCCAGGUCAUAUUUGAUGAGACACUUCAGAAAUGCCUGGAUUCAUACCUGUGCUAUGUUCCUCGCAAGUUUGAUGCACUACUGGAUUUCCAUCCGGAAGUGAAUGACAUGCAGAAGCGACUUCAUCGGUGUGUCUUCCUCACCUUCCUCAGAAUGUCCACUCACAAGGAGUCCAAAGACCAUUUCAUCACGCCGUCUGUUUUUGGAGAAAUUCUUUAUAACAACUUCCUGUUUGACAUCCCUAAAAUACUGGAUCUGUGCGUGCUAUUUGGGAAAGGAAAUGGUCCCCUACUCCAGAAGAUGAUUGAAAAUAUCUUCACUCAGCAACCAAGUUACUACAGUGACUUGAAUGAAACAGUCCCCACAAUCCUCCAGGUGUUCGACAACGUUUUGCAAAAAUGUGGCUUGCAAUGUGAAGGUACCUCAGCUGAACCCCAGAAACUGGAAGAAAGAGUCAAAGUGACUCCUGCUGACUUGCCUCUCCAGGAGUUGAAGGAUAUUGUGCUGUUCUUGUGUGACACCUGCAUCUCCCUCUGGGCAUUUCUUGAUGUCUUUCCACUUGCUUGCCAAACCUUUCAAAAACAUGACUUCUGUUACAGAUUGGCAUCAUUCUAUGAACUGAUAAUUCCUGAGCUGGAAUCUGCAAUUAGGAAGAGGAGAUGUGAAGAUAACAGUUUACUGACUGACUUGUGGAGACGACUGUCUCAUUCCAGGAAGAAGGUGAUGGAGGUUUUCCAUAUCCUCACUAACCAAAUAUGUCUCCAGCCCAUCUUAGAAAGCAGUUGUGAGAAUAUUCAGCCCUUUAUUGAAGACUUUCUACAGAUCUUCACCUCAGUGCUUCAAGAGAGGAGGUUUCUCCGUGACUAUGAUGAGUUAUAUCCUGUUGCAGAUGACGUGAGUCUGCUUCAGCAGGCAUCUUCCACCUUAGAUGAGACCCGAACAGCUUAUAUCCUCCAAGCAGUGGAAAGUGCCUGGGAAGGUGUGAAUAGGAGAAAAACUUGUGUUGCUAAAGACCCAGCACUACCAUUGGCAUCCAGUGGAGCCUCGGCAAUGACAGAAGAUGCUGCUAAGGACUCAGAGGAGCUUGAUGAUGCAUAUAGAUUGGAAGAUGAAUAUGCUGGAGCAGCUGCAGCACCCAUUGCCAAGGUCUCAGGGGUGGAGCUAGAUUCUCUGAUUUCUCAAGUGAAAGAUCUGCUGCCUGAUCUCGGGGAGGGCUUCAUCUUGGCCUGCCUGGAAGGGUAUGAUUACAAUGUAGAGCAGGUGAUCAACAACAUCCUGGAGGACAAGCUAGUGCCAUCCCUGGACAAACUGGACCAAACAAUGCCAAGGCAGUUGAAGCCAGAUCCAACCCCUUUGGUGACUUCUCGAUGUAAUGUCUUCCAGGAUGAUGAGUUUGAUGUUUUCAGCAGAGAUUCGAUAGACCUGUCCCGGGUACAGAAAGGUAGGAGGAAGGACAAGGACACAACAGAGAGUUUGUUGAAUGACAAGCGUCUAAUUGCUGAACAGAAGGAACGCUACAGCCAGUACAGUGUGAUUGUAGAGGAGGUUCCUGAGCAGGCUGGAGAAGCCCAGUUCUCUAGGGAUGACUACGAGGAUGAAUACGACGACACCUAUGAUGGGAACCAGGUUGGGGCUAAUGAUGCAGACUCGGAUGAUGAGUUGAUCAGUAGGAGGCCAUUUACCACACCUCAGGUCCUGAAACCCAAAGGACGAGAGGAAGAGGAAGAGGACCCGGAAGAGGAAGAAGCUGAAAAAGAAACGCCAAAGCAGGACCAUUUUGUCCAGGACCCAGCUGUGCUGAGGGAGAGAGCAGAAGCCCGACGGAUGAUUUACCUUGCCAGGAAAGGGCACAAACAUGAUGGCUCAGCAGCUGUUGUUGGGAAUGUGAAGGGACACGGACAGAACCGGGAAACCAUACAGGAAAGGAGGAAGAAAGAAGCCAGCAAAGGAACACGAGCUAAUCAUAACAGACGUGCAAUGGCUGACAGGAAACGGAACAAAGGCAUGAUCCCUUCCUAAAGGACUCUGUCUCAAGAAAGUAAAUUAUAUCUAGGCCUACAUUUCUGAGGCUGUCACCCUCCUUGCCCUUACUGUGAAGGUCUGGAAGUUACAGUGCAAUACUCAAAUUUCAGUAUAAUGGGGAUCACUAAUCUCUUGGGAGGUCUUCCCAGUUAUGAAUGCCAGGAAUUGCUCAGCAACUAGGCUUUAGGCUGUCUGUUCCACUUCUUGAAAAAAAGACAGCAGGAACUCCCUGAAUGUACCAGAUAGGCUGUAACAGCCAUUUUAAAAAACUAUUUAUAACCAUUUGGGCUUUCUCCAUCCCAUCUGUAUAACUGCUGUGGUGCUUCCAUCAGCACAACUAGAAAUACUUAAGGUGACUGACAACAUAGUGUACCUGUGUUAUCAGUACAGCUUGCUGCUCCACUGAUGUCAUGCUUUAUCCUGCAGCAAACUUAAUAGGUGUUGGGUUUUUUUUGUUUUGUGGGUUUUUUGUUUGAUUUUUGUAACAACUUGGGCAAUUCCAGUUGUUGACAUACCCAUAGGAAUCCAGGUGUACAAGUGUACCACAGUGUCAUCUCCCUUUAAAAGAGGAGUAUUUUUAUAAAGAACGGCAUUGCAAAUAAAGGACUGAUUUUUUUCUUCA